CGCCCGGAUGCUGUUGGAAUUGUUUACGUUUUAAGUGUGCAGAGAGUGAUCGUGAAAUUUAACCCUUGUGAUCGCUUGAUAUGGAUAGCUCAGAGGUUUCUUUUUUGAAUUAUCAGCAUGUUACUGGUCCCGGUGCUUGUAGUAGUGCAAAAUUCAUGUUAUCUGUUUCAAGUGAAACCGAAAAGGAUAUGCUGUACAUAACAGAGGACUUGAGUUCAGACAUGGAGCACAAUGCCAUUAGUCUGACACAGUACAAAGAGUGUCCUCGACACAAACCCUUCAUUAACACGGAAUUCAGGCGGUCUCCCGCAAAAUCCAUUUCUUCAUUUCCAGUCAACAACAGAGAUGCUGUGGUUGACGCGCUGAAGAACCUGCAGGAUAAGGUGAAACGUCUGGAGCUGGAGCGUUCGACGGCCGAGGACAGCCUCAAGUCUCUGGCCUCCCACACCAGCAGCUUCAAGGACACGCUGAUGAAGGAGAAAGAGGUCCAGGAAUCGUCACAAGACGUCAUCUACAAACAGAAACAAGAAGUGGAGACCCAGCUGGAGUCUGCUGAAGCACGAUGCUCUCUCCUUCAGAAGCAGCUGGACUACAUGAAGAAGAUGCUGGAGAACUCGGAGAGAGACCGACAGAACACCGCUCUCCGGACGGUUAUCACUGAGAGACAGAUGCACCACUCUGUGCCCCCAGUCAUUCACAACAGUCGAAUCGAAGAGUUGGAAAGAGAGCGGGUCAAACUGGCAACAACUCAGACUUUAGCACAGAAGAAAAUACGAGAUCUAGAAAAUAAAUUGAUGGAAGAAAGAAGAAACAGACAAUUUGUGCAGAAAAGAGCUGCAGAGUUGGAGACUGAAGCGGCAACUAAUAGAAUCCUCUUAAAUGGAGAAUUGUCCUGUAGAUUACCGGAAAAAUCUCGAAAGCUUGUGAAGAAGAAAAAAAAGAAAGUUGUUUCCUCUAAAAAAUAUCCAUAUAGUAAUAACCAGAGGGUGGAACCGCACAAGCACUUCCGGGUCAACCUUGCAGAAAUACCAUUUGUGGCUGGAACGUCAACGUCUGCCAGUCAUGCCGUUGGUGCCAACGUCCAGAAGGUCAUAGCUCUGAUGAAGACUCACAACCUGGCGCUGUGUUCGUCGCUAACGGACAACGGCCAGUCCGGGAGCGCAUCGUCAGACUCGAGUAACCACAGCUAUGACAGCGAUUUGUCCGACUUAUUGUUACAGCUACAGGACGAGUUCGGCCAACUCAGUGUAGAGCACCAGGAACUGGUUAAUCAGAUCAACGAAUGUCGGGACUUCCGGUUAAGAGAAGACCUGGAGAGAGAGCUCCAGUCCACUGUGUACAAACUGGAAGCCAAAGGACUUCAGAUCUCAAGAAUUAGGCAGCAUCAACAAAAAGCAAGUGAUCAAAAUUUACAAAAUUUCAAGUCCAAGAAGAAGAAAAUAUCGAAACCUGUUUAUCAUCACAAACCUCCCGACAGACCGAAGUCCGCUCAUCCUUCUUUUCCCAAAACCAGAGCCAAUGUCCGAUCAUCAAGCAGAGAGCGACCUCUCACAUCACGGGCACUAGACGUACUCAGAGACAUGAAAAAAUUACAGACCACAUUACGGCGAGACGACAUCAAGUGGGAAUAAAGCAAACAAAUACCUCUUCUGUGAUAUUAGUGUCCAUAGAAAUACCGUAUUUAUUUUUUUAUUAUGCUUUCCAGUCAUAUUUGCUGAAAGCCAUUGUUAUUUGUUGUUCAUGAACUCCCAUUCUAUUUGUCCAUCCAUCUCUUCAUUAUCAUGUUGUGGUAAGAAAAAUUACUUUUUACUUCUUUUUUUUUCGAUUGGUGUUUUGAUUAAGAACAUUAAUGGUUGCGAAACAAUUUGGGAUGGUUUUAAAGCCGCUGACCCAUGUUCCUGAGAUUCAUGUCUCUUCUUUUUCGCAUAAAUUCAUUUGCAGCUGUUGCAAACACCAGGGUGAAAUUUUUAUUUCUUUUCAUUCAUAAUCUGACAUCUGACCUAAUUAGAAAUAUGUCGGUACCAUAGCAGCAGAGGAGAAAGAAGAAGUAGCUACAAUGUAUCCAGAACAGGAUGCCCGGGACUCAAUGGAAGAUCUUAGCCAUUUUAUUGGCUGAUGGGAUGUUUAAACCAGGGUGUUUGAUGAUGCCAUAGGUCAGAAGUCAGGUCAUGUAUUCAUGACAGGAAAAAGUAAUUAAAUUUUCUUUAGUUUAACCAGAAACGUAGGAAAUCUCUGAUUAAAUGGUACAAAUGGCGUAACAGAUUUGGGAAAUGUUAUACAUUAGUGUUUGUUUUGCAACCAUUAUGCUCCAAGUGGUAUCAUUUUGAACAUCUGUAAAUUUCAGUCAAUUGCCAAGUGAUCAGUGUCACAGUGAUUUUGAAUAAUGUAGCAAAAAUAACCUUUGAUUCAACCUGGGUCAUGGCAUUCAAUAUUUUCCAUAUUUCUUCACAUCAAAUUUCUUGGUUAUAAACCUCGGUUAUUAAUUUGAGACCGUGGCUAAUGGUCAAAAGGACAGUAGUGUUUAAUAAAAUCUGUUACAAGACUUGGUGCAUAACACUAGAAGAAACAUUGUAAAUUUCCCCACCCCAAGUACUCUUUUUUUUCUUUUUUUUAGUACCUAGAAUCUUGUAUCACAAAUAUUUCAACAUUUCUUUUGACAAUGUAUGUGGCUUUUACACUUUAUACUUUUUAACCUACUGUUUAAAACUACCUCAAUUACUGUUAAGGAAAAUGUAAAUAUUAGAAUAAUUUGGUCGUAUAAAUUUAUCAGUUACGGCAAUUAAAAACAAAAAUUAAGAAACAUUUCACAGCAUGCUCUCAGGUUACCUUAGUUCCACCAACUGGAAUUUUAUUACCAGAUUUACAAUGGGGACGGGGGUGUUGGAGCAAAUAGGAAUCGUAUAUUAAAACCAUUUCUCAGAUUUCAUAUUGAAAUAUUCAUCUUAUGGCUGUUGCAUAGUCACAAUGAACUCUGCAGACCGUUUUCUGUUCCCAUUAUUGGAUUUACCUCUGCCAUACUAAACUUCUUCAUAUAUAAUAUACAUAUUAUGAUAUUUGCAAAUAUGUAGCUCAAGUACAUUUAGUUUAUCAUAAACAGUGUAUUCUACAAGUAAAAAAAAAAAAAAAAAAAACCCGAAUCUUUUUUACAUUUUGACCAAACAUUCUACAAUUUUAAUGUUUUUUUCUUGUUAUAAUUAUUAUUAUUUAUCACAUGGAUAAUCAUAUUAAAACAUCAAUCAAACCAUCUCUUCCAAUGACAAAAAGCUUUACCAGAAUAUUGUCUUAGGUGUAUUCUUGUCACUGUAAAACUAUUUUUCAAAAUAUAUACUGUGCUAUUUUUUGUCUUUGUCUUGUCUAGCAUAUUUGAAUAUGCAUAUCAUUAGAACUACAAACUUUCUGUUAUACAAUUUACUUGAUUCUGAUUUCCUGACAUCACCUCUGAUAACAUGCAGUAAUGAUGUCAUUACAUAACACAUUUAUGUAUUUUUGAUGAAAUAAGUUGUGAUGUUUGUAAUAAGAUUUAUUUGUAAUAUGUUGUGAAUUUAUCGAUGUGUAACAUACACAAACUUAGUAUAAAAUUGCUUUGCUAGGCUAUGCGAUUUUACAAAAUUUGUGCCAGUUACACAUCAAUAAAUUAACAAAAAAAUUACAAACAAUUCUACUAUAAAAUUUGUAUAGAAUCAUGUCCAUUUUAGUCUCAUCUAUAUCUACUGACCAACCUUUAACCAUUCCUCAAUCAAGUUCCAAAUUACACCGUUUGUAUUAUCUUCGUUUAGGAUUAUCUAACCUUUUGAAGAGAUGCAACAAUUCUGAUUGUUUUGUAGGUCUGUAUACAUUGACCAAUGAUAUUUUCAAUGAUAUUGUUUUGUGUACCUGUGAAUUUUAAAUCUUGUCCUAUUUUUUGUAUGUGUAUCUACUUAAUAAAAAUAAAUGCAAACAAAUAUUUCAAAUUGGUUUUUUUGAAGUUGACAUAAUAGUAUACAACAUUUUACGCAACUAAAUUAUUGAACAAGAUUUAGUUUUGGUCAGUUUACAAAUAAAUAAUAUUAUAUACUAUUUCACUAUGCUUACUUAGGUCUUGUAAAUUGAUUAUCAUUCAAAAUGAUAAUUACUUUAUGUAGCACAGGUAUUCAAAAAGCAUAAAAUCCCGAGUGGAAUUUAUACCUUGCAGUCAGCUGUAAAAAUACUUGGUUUUUUGUAUCCUUGCAGGUAUGUAAUAUUCCCCCAGAUUUUUCAAACAUGGUCUUUUGUUUUUUUAAAAUUAUCUUGCAUUAUUUUAUUGAAAUAAAUAAUGAAGACGGUAAAAACAAAAUGUCUGCAUACUGACACUGCUAAAAUGAUCAGUCAGGUUAUAGCAAACCAAUCUUUUUUUUUAAAAUGGCUUAGUCUAGGAAAUUUUCCCCAUAUAGUUUAAUAGAUGAUAAAGCAAAUUUUAAUUCCCAUAGACAACAUUACAUUAUUCACCCACCUUGAUACACAUUAUUCAUUCUAACGAUAUAUCGGUAUCAUUUAUAUAAAACAAAUUAUAAACCGAUCCAUAGUAUGAAGGUUAAAGGAUCCUUCAUGGAAGAUACAAUUAUUCUCAUAGCAAUGAAUUUAGUUACUCAUUGUGGGUACAGCCACUGGUUUUGCAGUGAUUAUCCACAGGUGAAUGGGCUAUUAUAGGGUGGCAGGUUAAGUUUUGCCUGAAUUAACUGAAAAUGUCUGAUCUGGAUAUCAAUGUUUAUUCCUGUUAAUUUUGUAUUGCUACUAAACAGCGAUAUAUGGGUUCCAAAUGAAUCACUACUGUACUAAUAUUUUUCAAAGAUUAAAACUAAUGUCAAGUGUAGAAUAAUAGAAAUAUGUGGUGAAAAGUUUUCAGGACAUUGUUUUUACCCGAAUGUGAAGAUUUGCUUCAGCACUGGGGGGAGGGGGGGCAGUUGACCAAAGUUGUAAAUGUAAAUACAAUGUUCAUGUUUAUAGAAAUGAAGUUUCUAGAAUCAUUAAAGUGUUUUAGUUAUCCAAAGGUCAAUGGUAUGUACUAUCGCAAUUAAUUAAAUCCUUUUGGCUAGUAAAAGUGCUUUUAAUGUGAGUUUUUUCUACUACACAUGAACAUGAACAUGACGUGUAUCUUAAAGGUUUGUGUUAAAGGUGGCAGUAGUUUUAUACCACAUGGUUUAUUUGCUGAUUAAUUUACUGAUGUCAGCAAUUGUAUAUGUCAAGACCGUAAUAGUUUUUAAUUGUUUAGCCUGUAGGUAAAUAUAGUUAGAAAAAUAAAGCAGAGAGUGUGUCAACUACUACCUCGUGCUAUGUAUUAUUAUUACAACAAUCCACCUAAUUACUAGGGUUUUUUCUCCCUUUAGAAUAGAAACUGUGCAAUUUGUGUGGCAUUAAUAUCUUAAAGAUUUUUAAGUGCAGAUGCGGGUUUUUUAAAAUUUCCUUUGUAUAUCAAAAAUAGAUUAUAUAUUUCCAAAGAAAUUCUUUUGUAUGGUGAAAAUAAAAAUAAAAUGGUGAAUCAAUAUAAUUUUGUCAUUAAUCAGAAAACAUCCAUCAAGAACGGUCUUCAACCUAAUUAAAGCAACUUGGUCUUGCUUCCAAGUUUAAAUACUGGCAUUAUUUCCUAAUGCAUCUCCUGUUUCAGUAUCGCUAUCAGUGUAUUGGUAUGCCAAGAGUGUCACUAUUUUUUAAUAAAUCCUUAUACACUAGAGGUGUCUCCUGUUAAAGGCAAAGUAAUGUAUUUUGAUUUGACCUAGAUUAGUAACUACAUCUAAAUUUCAAAGGAAGCAUAGGCAUAUUGGAUCCCAUUUUUGUAUGGGGCAAGCCGAUUUUAGCCUGAAUUAAACAAAAGUCCUGAAUCUGGAUUACGUUUAUUCAUAUUAGCAUUACUGCCAAACAGCUACAUGUAUAUAGGUUUGCAAAUGAAUCGCCACACAUUUUUACAUGGGUUACAACUAAUAUUUUGGAUAGAAUAAUGAAAUUACAUAGUGAAAAGUUCAGGGCAGCUCAUUUUGCCCGAAUGUCUCUAUUGUUUUUGCCCAAAUUUAAGGAUUUUCUCCCCACCACCUCCCGUCUCAUAAGCUUAUGAUGGGAAGAACAAACCUAACAUGAACAGUCUAAUCUAUACUGAUUUCCAAAAGAAACUUUACAUGCAUAAAAUUUGAAUAAUUUGAUAAAUAUUGUUCCGAUUUGAAAAGGACCAAUUUAGAGACCACCUUACAAACACUUGUAUCACAAAGUGCAUUGUCACAUUUAGAUGUUUAUCUGAUGAUACUUUCAUAUCCCACCAUACUGUUUGUUGGUUUUCUAUAAUACAAUUUCAAGCCUUGUGAAGUUUCUUUUGGACGCUAGUAUAUUAUAUUAUGAAGACUGCAUCUUUAAAUAUGCUUUCUCGACUACUUGUGGGGGAUUUUCUGAUAUGACUAUCCCUAUAUUAUAGUCUCUUACAGGUGAGUGGGAGAUGUCUCAAAUGUAUUUUUACAACAGCUGUUAAAAUUAUCUCCUAAAAUUAUCACUUUAUCUCCUACAAUGUCCAUUAUUCAAACCUAUAGUUACAAAUAAUAUAUGGACAAGAUGUAAUCGAUGUAUUCCAAUGAACCAUCUCCAUUGCUGCUCAAUUAACAUGCUAUGAAUAUAACCAUUCCUUCUUUUUAUAUCUUAUUUCAGCAGUUGUUUAUAUAUUAAGUACUGUCAAACUGCAUUUAUCAUAUAUCAUAUAUUUGUGAAUUGUGUAAUAAAUAAAUCAUUAAAUAUCAA